AUGUCGUUAAGACUAGGAUAUUAUCUGAAGGAGCUCUGGGAAUUGGACUCCAGCAGCUGUCAGGACAGCACCUUAAACACGGAAGAAUUUCUCCUCUGUCGAAUAAAACGCCAGGGAAACACCCCAAACGUCCCAAUAACAAGUAAGAGGGGACCAAAGACACAAGAAGGGAGCCUCAUGAAGUCAGACGAAAUAAGAGUGAGAGCAAUUAUGGUAUGUAAAGCGCUGGAAGGGUGGUUCUCUAAUCUACAAAGACAAGAGGAUGGGCGGGGGGGUUGGACAGAAGAUAAGUGCAGGAUGACCGAUCUGGGAGUGCCUAGUGGUACAAGAAAUGAAGCAAAUUGUCCGAGGCAUUAUGACAAAGAAGAUUGGCAGACCUUUACUAAAGACACUCCCUUGUAUCUCUGGCAAGAAAGGCAUCGUAGCUUCCAGACUUGUGUGGAUAUAAUGAGUAUCUUCAUUAAUAUAUAUAGUAGCUAUACCUCUAAGAAGGUACAGGCAGCAAGAGAAUCAGGGACAAGCAUCUGUCAAGAAAUGAAUAAAGGUCUAGAAGCCUGGGGUGGGAAGGAAGUAGCUAAGAGGAUAAUGAGCGAAUGGUUUCUGACCAGUCAGGAGGCAAAAAGGCCCGAUUAUAUAAGAAUGAAUAAUGGCCUGCCACUAAAUCAGAACCUGAGUAUAAUACUGAAUAAGAUGCAACUACUAAUAUCGGGGGUGCAGUGUAGUAGGGAUGAUAAGGAGGGAGCCAGCUACAAGGAUAACUGCGUCUUUACAGACCAACCCUCCUGUGAGAUGAUGGGGGGGGAUGAGGAAUCCAUGCAAGGUGAAAAAUUUCAGGAGAUUUUAACAAAGAUAAGGGAAAAGGAAGAGCAGGAGGAGAGGAAGGAAAAGAGGAAGUCUCCACAGUAUCAGGGCAGGGGAGAAUUACCACAGAACAACAUUAUCCCGCACUCCAGGGUCAAGAGGAAUAAUUACCUAUACGGCCAGUGGUGUGGGAGCGUGAGGACCGGAGACCACAUAAAGUUGGUCUCUAGGUAA